AUGUCCCAACAAGCAGUAGGGCAGACUUUGACAAGCGAUCAAUGGGCUUUGCGUGUCCUCACAAGGAUCAGGGAGCUUAGGGAGUUCUCUGACCUUACAAUUGUCUGUGAAGGGGUCAAAUAUGAGGUCCACAAAGCAAUAAUCUGUUCACAAUCGCCAGUUCUGCAUGCUGCCUGUACUGGGGGUUUCCAGGCAAAUGAAUCGAGUCCUAUUGUCGACAGAUUUGUGCAGUUCCUUUAUACUGGUGACUAUACGAUCUCUGAGAAGGAUCACGAAGGUGUCGAUCUUUCCCCCAUGCAGUAUCACGCAAGAGUCUUCGCGCUGGCGGACAAGUAUGAUGUGAAAACCUUGUGUGAUCUAGCGGCAAAUAAAUAUUAUGACAGACUUAAGAAUGACUUCGACUAUGUCGAGUUUCUCGAUUCUAUUCCAGACGUCUAUCAGCGGACGCUCCCGCAAAGCAGACUGAGAAUUCUUGCAGUACGCUUUUCGCGGGAAAGAAUUGAAGAUGCACUGCGCGAUAACUCAAAUUUGGAAAAAUACGAUAACAUCGCAUCACAAGUUCCAGCGUUUACGAAAGACCUGCUUGACUCGUAUAUCACUUGCCCGAUAUUAGCGGAUUGCGAGAAGUGUGGGCCCGAUCAGCCCAUGCGUGCUUUGCAGGCUAGAUGUCGGAAGUGCGAUUACGUGUCACGGUCGAAGAUACCACAGAUGGGGAUGCAUAACCAAAUUGGUUCCCAAGUGCCAUCCAGGGACGCGGAUACGUUGUUUGCGGGGUCAAAACCUAUCAUAAGUACAGGUAGAGUCGAAAAUGCCUUCACUGUCACGGACCUGGAUCCACCUUAG